AUGGAUAUUCCCCGGAUCCAAACACCAACCGGGGAAGUUGGAACGAAGCCCGCCUCCUUCGCGGAGGUCGCCAGCCGGACCCCGAAAAACGCUUGGACCAGGUCAAGACCGUCCCCCCUCGGCCCCCGAUGGCGCGCAGCGGCCCCGCGCUGCCGCCAACACAGAAAGAGGACCGCCGCCGGCCGGGUCCUCAUCACUUUGAACACGGAGAGCAGGUGUGUUGGUGUGCUUGGUACGAUUAUGGGUGGCAGUGUGGAGCCAUCGUUUGUGUACUGCAGCACUGCAGCUCGCCUAGCCUUGACAGUUGUCUGUCCCUCGCAUUCAGCACCCGUAUUGGGAUUGAAACGUUCGCCCACACCGCUCCUAUGGGUGGACUGA